UGCAGUAAUUUGCAAUUCAUUUCUUAACUCCCUUCAGAAGAAUUAUUAGAACCUUCGCACUGACUCGGUGUGAGGAGAUCGCCAAUGUCGGCGUUAAAGACGGUGGACUGGCAAUGGCAGAAUGCAGUCGCCGGCUCCGUCGCCGGACUUGCUACCGUUGCUUUCUCGCAUCCCCUCGACGUCGUCCGUACUAGGUUUCAAGUUAGCGACGGCCGAACCUCCAACCUCCCAUUGUACAAGAACACGCCUCACGCGCUCUGGACUAUAGCUCGUACAGAGGGUCUCAGAGGGCUUUAUGCGGGGUUUUAUCCUGCAGUUCUUGGAUCAACUAUUUCAUGGGGUUUGUAUUUCUUCUUUUAUAGUAAAGCCAAAGAAAGGUAUUCAAAAGGCCGUGCGGAGCUGACACCAGGUCUCCAUCUCGCUUCAGCUGCAGAAGCAGGAGCUUUGGUGUGUUUUUGCACGAAUCCCCUUUGGCUCGUGAAAACAAGAUUGCAGCUUCAGACUCCUCUUCACCAGAAUCGGCCAUAUUCAGGGCUCUAUGAUGCUGUUAGAACUAUACUGAAAGAAGAAGGGUGGAGUGCAUUGUAUAAAGGGCUUGUGCCUGGUCUAUUUCUGCAGGUAACUCAUGGUGCCAUUCAGUUUACAGCAUAUGAGGAGCUACGGAAAGUUGUUGUUGAGUUUAGAUCUGCAGAUAGUGAAGACGACUCUAGUGCUGUUGAACUGUUGGGGCACUCUGUGUCUCUAUAUUCUGACGACCAUACCUUCUAUUGCAUUUCACAGAACACUAUUGACUAUGCUACACUGGGGGCAUCUUCUAAACUAGCUGCUAUUCUUCUUACUUAUCCAUUCCAGGUUAUUCGGUCUCGCUUACAGCAACGACCAAGUAAAGGAGGAAUUCCUAUAUACAUGGACAGCUGGCAUGUUGUGAAGGAAACUGCCAGAUUUGAGGGUUUCCGGGGUUUCUACAGGGGCAUCACACCAAAUAUGCUGAAAAAUGUACCUGCAGCGUCAAUAACAUUUAUUGUGUAUGAGAAUGUACUGAACAUGCUAAAAUAUGCAAGAAGGAAAGAUUGAUAUCUUUAUUUUUCUUUACCUUCAAUUCUUUUAGUAGCUCUUGUCAAAUUUAGAAUAUCUAGUUGCAAGGGAAAAUGAACGUGAAUAACAUAAAGCUCUUCUAGUCAUUGUGCCCUAUUUUUUUCCACUACUCAGCACGAAGAUUGCCACGGUCAUGUCAUGUAUUGAAGUACUUCCGCUAAUAUUGGCACCUGGAAAUUUCUUUGACCUUGCA